UAAGACUUACCACUUCUCGGCAAACAAAAAUUAUAUCUAAAUUAGUCUUCAAAAUGCAGAAAACCUCAACAGUUCUUAUACUGCUAAUAGCAACCAUAUGUACUAACACUGUUAACGGAAAACGAAUAACAUCCUACCCUUAUGUAGCUAAAGAAGGACGUGUAGUUGGCGGUUCCACGGCUGAAGAGGGCUUAGCUCCCUAUCAAGUGUCUUUGCAAAAUUUCUGGGGUCAUAGUUGUGGUGGUGCUAUUGUUGAUAAAGAAUGGAUUUUAACCGCUGCCCAUUGUGUGCUAAAUAAAGAUGCAGCCGAUAUUUUGGUGUUAACCGGUACCCAAGAUUUAACCGAUUUAACGGGUGUCUAUUAUUAUGUGGAACGCAUAUAUGUACAUUGCAACUAUGACAGUCCUAGCAUGCACAAUGAUAUCGCUUUGCUGCGCUUAAAUGCCAGUAUUGUUUUAAAUGAUAAAACCCAAAUAAUUCCCUUACAAACGAAGCCCAUGAAAGAUGGUGAUGAUGUUUUAUUAACCGGUUGGGGUUCAGAGGAAUAUUUCGGUGAAUCUCCAGAUCGUUUGAAAAAAGUCGAUUUGAAGUAUAUGAAACAUGAUCGUUGCAAAAUAGCUCAUGAUAAUAAUCCAGAUGUUGAUGUUGGCCACAUGUGUACGUUUACUAAAGUUGGUGAGGGUUCGUGUCAUGGUGAUUCAGGUGGUCCUUUAGUUAGUAAUGGUUAUCUGGUUGGUAUUGUUAAUUGGGGACAACCUUGUGCUGUUGGUUAUCCUGAUGUUCAUGCUAGUCCUUAUUAUUAUUUGGAUUGGAUACGCAAGAUUAUGAGUGGUAAUACUCAGUGUAAAUUAAAUGCUUUCGUUAAGGAUAGGAAAUGAAUUGUUAUUAGGUAUUUAAAGGUAUUAUUUAAAUAAAAUAAAU